UGGAACAUCCAAAUUGGAUUUAUGUGAUUGUACUUACAUGGGUGUUAUUACUAGAAGGGUUGGGUUGCAGUCAUGGAUGUCUGGACAAAGAGAGGGAUGCUCUCUUACAACUCAAACCUUUCUUCUACCACCUAAAAUGGCCGAUGAGUGGCAAGGAGAGUUUGAAUUGUUGUGAAUGGGAGAGAGUUAAGUGUGAUGAUCUCAGCGGACGAGUAAUCGAACUCUCUCUAAUGGAACACUGGGAAUGGAACUUCCCUGUGUGGUAUCUCAAUGCGUCUUACUUUCUACCAUUUGAACAACUUAGAAGGCUUGAUUUACUUGGAAACAAUAUUGCCGGUUGUGUUGACAAUGGAGGAUUUGAAGUAUUGUCGUCGAGUUUGCACAAUCUAGAGGUUCUAGAUUUGAGUUAUAACAAUUUUAAUUCAAGCAUUAUAUCAUCUGUGAGUGAGAUUUCUUCUCUCAAGUCUCUUUAUGUACAUGGUAACGGAAUGACGACAUCAUCAGGACAUACAAAUGGCUUUGAAGGAUUAUCCAAGUUGAGUAAUUUGGAGGUUCUUAGUUUGGGAUAUAAUAGUUUCGACAACAACAUUCUAUCAUCUCUACGCAAUCUUUCUUCUUUAAAGGUUCUAAAUCUUGCUGGCAAUCUAUUGAAUGGAACAAUUUAUACACAUGAAUUGAAUCAUUUGAUCAACUUGACAAAGUUGGAUAUGAGUGACAAUAAGAUUGAAGCCUUUGGAUCCUUGAAAGGUGGUGGAAGCGUGCUGCGGUUGAGUAACCUGGAGGACCUGAAUAUGGGUUAUAAUCUUUUCACUAAUGAUGCUCUUCACUACGUCAGUAAACUUUCAAAUCUCAAGUCUCUGUAUUUAGAUGGAAACCGAUUUAGGGGAUCUGUAAACAUUAGAGAGUUGGAAGGUCUAACAAUGUUAGAGGAGCUAGACCUUAGCGACAACGGGAUUGAAACUUUUGUAGGACCAGAAGGAAGAAAAACAAUGGAUAGUCUAAGAGUACUUCGUCUAGCAAACCUGAACUCCAAUAGAAGCCUUGUAUUGGAAUCAUUUGGCGCAUUCUCAUCCCUCAAGACACUUGAUCUUGCGAGUAAUAUUUUCAACAGGACAAACACUCUUCAAGACUUGGGCAACUUGAGCAGUGUGGAGGAAUUGUUUUUUGAUGGUUCGUCUCUCCCCGAAAACUUUCUCCAGAACAUUGGAUCAUUAUCUUCCCUGAAAAUUUUAUAUUUGCGCAGUUGUGGACUCAAAGGCACACUACCUAGUCAAGGUUGGUGUGAAUUGAGGAACUUAGAGGAGCUUGAUCUAGCUCAAAAUGAACUUGGAGGGACAAUUCCAAAAUGUUUGACAAACCUGUCAUCUCUUAGUCAUUUGGAUCUCUCUAGCAAUCAGUUCACUGGAAACAUUUCCUCCACACCAAUACCAAAUCUUAUGUCCAUUGAGUUCCUUUCAAUCGGAUACAAUACGUUUCAAAUCCCAAUUUCGCUCAAACCAUUCGCAAACCACUCAAAUCUCAAGCAGUUUCUUUGUGAGAACAAUGAAUUGAUUCCAGAACCUGUUUUCGAAUCUUGGACACCAAAAUUCCAGCUUCAAGUCUUGAGUUUGGCGAUUUUUACUGCAAAGAAGGUCCAUGCAGAUAUUCCAAACUUCCUCUAUUACCAACAUGACCUUAUAUCCAUUGAUCUCUCUGGGACAAAUUUUAGUGGAGGGUUUCCUUCUUGGUUGUUUGAGAAUAACACAAUGUUGAAUACCUUGUCCAUAAGAGACAGCUCGUUCGGGGGACUAUUUCCAUGGCCGUCACGUCCUAAUCCAAACAUCAUCAGGAUUGACAUUUCCCACAAUCAGUUACAAGGUGAAAUUCCCACAAAUAUAAGUUCAAUUUUUCCAAAUCUGAAGGACUUAAUCUUGUCUGAAAAUUCAUUCGGAGGUAAUAUACCUCCCAGUUUGGGUGAGCUAGAGUCUAUGCAAGCCCUGGAUCUCUCAAAAAACAAUUUCUCUGGAGGUAUACCAGUGCAGUUUCUCAAGCAUCAUUCCACCAUAUUGUUCCUCAAACUCUCACACAACCAAUUCUCUGGACAGAUCCAUCCGACGAGUUUUAACUCGAGCAGAUUAGAGUACUUACAAUUGGACAACAAUAAGUUUGUGGGGAAGAUUCCUGAUCUUUCAUUUAUGUACUCUUUGUCACUUCUUGAUCUUAGCAACAAUUUCUUCUCAGAAUUCCCAAGAUUGACUUCAAGUUUGUCAAGUCUGCAGAUUAUUUAUCUAUCUACUAACAAUUUUGAGGGUACUUUGUCAUCACAAAUCUGCAAAAUUUCUAGCCUUCGCGUCUUGGAUGUUUCGGAGAACAAGUUUUCUGGCUUUGUGCCAUCUUGCUUCAGUCAAUUCACAAAGAUAGAGUCUCUCCAUUUGUUUAAAAAUGAGUUCGUCGGACCGAUGCCAAGUUUUUUUACCAACUAUACUACUAUGGUGGCAUUGGAUCUCAGACACAACAACUUCAGUGGAAGCAUUCCUAGUUGGAUUGGGAGGCUUUCAAACCUGGGUGUUGUUCUUUUGCAAGGAAAUCGUCUUGGUGGCGAAAUUCCCAUUGAGUUAUGCCAGUUGAACCAUUUGAGUAUCUUGGAUCUUUCCUUGAAUAAUUUGUCCGGUCGCUUGCCUCCUUGUUUAGGGAACAUGACAUUCAAAACUGACAAGGAGUUAUCAUAUGUAACCCCAGAUUUCACAAGUAUGGAUGUGUUUCUUCCAUUCCAAGUCAAGUUUUCGGAUCGAUAUUCGAAUGCUGAAGCAAAAGAAGUGAUAGAGUUCACAACAAAGGACACGUCCCUUGAUUACACUGGCAAUAUCCUGGAAUACAUGUCUGGUGUCGAUCUCUCUUGCAACCAAUUCUCCGGUGAAAUCCCGGGCGAAUUCGGAAAUUUAAUCAAUGUUAGAGCACUGAACCUGUCACACAACAAUCUGGUUGGUCUAAUUCCUACGAGAUUCUCAAAUCUGAAGCAAAUGGAAAGCUUGGAUCUUUCCUACAACAAGUUAAACGGCAGAAUUCCUCCUCAGCUGACUGUAUUGAACUCCCUUGAAGUUUUCAAAGUGGCACACAACAAUCUAUCAGGUCCAAUUCCAGAUAGUAAAGCACAAUUUGGGACGUUCGACGAAAGCAGUUACGAGGGAAAUCCUUAUCUUUGUGGACCUCCAUUGAGUAAAAGCUGUAAUAAAGCUGCUGCUAAUACACCGAAGGAAUAUGAUGGUCAAGAGGAGGAGGAUGACUUCAUGGACAUGACUGGGUUCUAUGUGAGUUUUGUGGUGUCUUACAUCAUCGUACUACUGGGAAUUGCAGCAGUUCUAUACAUAAAUCCAUAUUGGUGGCACUUGUGGUCUUACAAAGUCGAUUUGUUCUUCAGCAGAUGCUACUAGCCUAAGCCUUUUUGUCUAGAUGUUGCUUCUGCAACUCAGUCUGCUUUUCAUCUUGGUUUUGAUUUGGAUGCAAUGCACGUUGACCUUUGUAAGAUUAGAGUGUUUCAUUGUGUUACUUGCAAGUUUAGUGUAAUUAUGUCACUUGUAAGUAUGUGUUAAUUCUGUAUUAAAAACAGAGCAUAUGUUUUUUUAAUAUAUAUAUACAAGAAUUAUAUAUAUAA